AUAUGUAUUGAAGGCAAUAUUGGGAGUGGGAAGACCAUGCUUCUUGACCACUUUUCAUCGCAGACUGGCGAUGUCCAAGUCAUUCCUGAACCUGUCGAUGCAUGGAGAAAUGUCAAAGGUCACAAUAUGCUGGGUUUACUGUAUGAGGACCCAUUCAGGUGGAGUUUUGCCUUCCAGUCCUACGUGCAGCUGACAAUGUUAACCUCGCACCAGACACCUCACACUCACCCUUUCAAGAUGAUGGAAAGAUCCAUCUUCAGUGCCAAAUAUUGCUUUGUAGAAAACCUCUACAAACGUGGUGUGAUGUCUGAGGCAGAGUACGCUGUCCUUACUGAAUGGUUUGACUGGAUUAUUACUACAUCAUAUUGCAAUGUCGAUCAGAUUGUGUACCUGAGGACGUCUCCCGAGCACUGCUACGAACGGAUUCAGAAGAGACACAGACGAGAAGAGACGGGAAUCUCGAUAGAUUACCUCACCAAGCUACAUGAGCUAUACGAAGAUUGGCUCAUCCAUAGAAAUAGUUGGUCUCUUCCUGCGCCUGUUGUGGUUAUUGAUUCCAACAAUUCAGUGGAACAAAUGCUGCAAUAUUACAAGGAUAACAAGGAACAUAUUCUUCCUACAGGACGAGAUAGGUGCAUUGUACAGAGAUAAUAAAACUCACAUAAUUGGACAAAAGCUACAUGUAUCAUGGAGCAUCUUCCUACAGGAAACACAAACACAUCAGCGACCAAAGUUUAGACUCGACAAGGAUUCAUUUUGUAGGUAUUCAUCAGGAACAUUUUAUGACUGCUUAAUAACUGUAUAGUGGGAUUUUUUGUUCAAAAGAAUUUGCCAGUUGUCCAGAUUGGCAAAAAAUUGUCACAGUGUGGAAUGAUUGAAUCGCAAACUAGAAUCAAAACCUUUAAAUUUUAUGAUUGCCACAUAUCACAAUAGCAACUACUGUAGAAAAAUCAACCUCGGGCAAUUUCAGUAGCCUAGUGCGUCACCUACCUAUUGAAAUUUGCCAACAUGACAAUGAGGUAUUACGUAACCUGAACAUGAUUUCUAUGGGACAUACAAUUGGGUAUUGAAAUUGCCCUCACGUUCAUUUUUCAAAAAAAUAGUUGCGAUCGUGUAACAUGCUUCUUGCCUUGAAAAUGGCUGUCAGUGUCAUGAAAAGGUUCCUGGGUUUAUAGUUCGUUCGUUCGUGUCUCCUUAGAUCAAGAUUAAUGUAAUCUUGAUCUUCGGAGUAGUUGCUACAACCGGCUGUGUCAGACACGUUGCCCGGGGUGCAAACCAAGAGUCCUGGGUUUAUAAGGAGAGUGGAUAUGCAGUGGACCACAGUGGACAGUAGACAGGAUCAGAAUUUGUAACUCUCCUACAUCAGCUCUAUGUUGCCAACCUCUCGAUGAAGCUAUUGCUGCAAACUCUUUGAGUGUAGGAUUCCAACUUUGAAACGGGGGCAUUUCACAAAACUUAUCAUCAGUGACAAAUGACAAUUUUUUUUAUAAGCUACUGAAAUCCUUGCUUAUGAUUGGUUAUCAGCAGAUUUGUUUCUGAUUUUUGUCAUUUUUCAUUGAAAAAAAGGCUUUGUGAAACGGGUCCCUGGUUUACUAAAGGAGAGUUUAAAAAUCCAUCCGGAUCAAGUGGAUUGAAAUCCUUCACUUAAUAGGGGUCUCUUGUUAUUCACUAUGCACCUACAUGUAUCUUUGCUCCAGUGAUCUCGAGGCAGCAGACAGCAAGAAGUUGUUUGAAGAAUCCAUUGCCUUUAGAAAAUCCACAGGAGUUGACGAAAGGGGAUGGAAGCUUGCCUACCAAGUUUCAAGGUUUCAAGAAUCCAAAACUACAUGUUAGGAUUACUCCCUACCUAUGAAAGUGUUUUGUAGCAAGUUCACUCAUUUGCUGACAUACAGAUAAAUUAUCUUGAAAUUCUCUUACCUAUUCCAAGAGGACAAUUUCUUUUUCUUUUGUAAACCCUUUUAGACUAUUUCAAUCAUUAUGUCACACACAUUUUCAUUGUGUUUCAUCCGUGGCUAUUAAACUUGGCGUUGGUAUUCCAUAAAUCUAGAGUAGAUUUACCUGUUCCCCCAAAUUAGACCUUAUCAUUAUGAUAAACAAGAAGAGAAAUGCAGAAGGGAAAAUUUAUAUUUCUUCUUCUUCAGAUUCUUUUUUAAACAGUUGAUCAGAAGGGUUGGCAAAAACAAAAUUAUUGGAGCACCCCUCUUUAAAACCACACCCUGUCAUGUCUUUUCUUUACCAAUGAUUUGACAAUCUUGAUUAGUUCGAUAUUGAACCAUUUAUUAUAAUCAACAUGUACAUGUAUGUAAAUAUAUUUAAAAGUAUUGAACAGAAAUGGCAGAUCUUCCAGAGUUUUUCAUCUUAAAUUCUCAUUUUGCCAUGUAAUAGUAAUCAGUAAGAUGUAUCAUCUGUGAAUAUUUGUUUGAUAUGGGUUUAGUUUUUUUAAUCUGUUACAGAUAAUUUUUGUGUAUGUUCUUAAAAAAGAAUUGAUGUACGGGUGUAUUGUACAAUAUAUAAUUCAUUUUGGAAAACAGAGUGAGAGUAUUCAAGAGAGAGAAAAAAAAGAUCAAAAUCAACAGUAAAGACAAUCAUCAUAAAUAUGAAAUUAAAUAUUGUGGAUGCAUGUACGAUAUAUUUAUGUUAUUAUAUUGAUUUAUGUCAUCUAAUUUGUACGGGCUAUACAGGUGAAGCACAACGAUAGUCUAGCACCAUUGGUUAUCUCAUGUCUUACCAUGGACAGAAUAUCCCACAUUAGAAUUGAAAGUAGAAGAAGGUAUUUGGACUAAGAAUGGUUUUCUUCAUCAAGACAGAAUGGAAACCCAUUUUGUGAAGUUUUUAUUAUCUUUAUAUGGGAUAUUUACUUGUGUCCAAUCAAAAGGUGAAACAAGCAUUAUCUCUUUACUAUAAUAAUGACAUCUACUUGAAGUUCAUUUAUGUCAAAUGAUUAAAAAAGUCGGUUGCACAAGGGGCUAAAGUUAAUUUGGUUUAAAGAUGUUUUUAAACCACUGCAUUGUUUCCUCGAGAUUUUCCUAUUAAAUAAAGGUUGUCUUGUGUAGUAUAUGUGUAAUGUCACAGAUGUAUUCUGUUCUUAGUAUGUCGUAUAUUGGUGCAUCACAAUAGUGUUGUCAAUACUAUCUUUUUUUAUUGUGAAUAAAUUAUUGAUAAUUACGAUCCAGAAA